AUGACUGUCAAAUUGUUCAAGAAUGGCAUUCUAAGUCCUGGAUUCAGGAUUCUUAGUCAGUAUGAAGGAAGAGAAUACCAGAUAAUUUUUCCUACUGGGGCUAUCCUGUAUGUGGAUCGCAGUGCUAUCAAGGGUUUAAAUUUCAUCAACCUUUGGUUGAAGCCUGCACCAGUUGACCAUGGCCAGACACAAGGUCUCUGCGGAAUGUACGAUGGGAAUGUCACCAAUGAUUUAACUUUUCCAAAUAAAACAGUCUAUAAUACAGAUCUCAAUCAACCUAAUGACUAUUCUUUAACCUGGAGAGUUAACCCACAGGACACACUUUAUACUGGAUCUUGUGAUAAUGGAAAUAUGCUAGAAAAACAAUCUUCGUUUUGUUACUGUGAUUCAAGUGAAAAAUGUGGAGAUGGCUAUGACCUUGUUAUUUGCCCUUUCUUGGAAAGAGAUCAGAUAGAUUUUACUGCACAACUAGAAGCUCGUGCUGUUUACCCACUGAAGUGUCUUGACCAGCUUAACUAUGACAGCACAACAUUUCCCCUAUUUGAAUAUAACCAAAACUAUAAACCAGAGUUCAUCAAUACAAGUCUCACCAGUCCAUCAGGUUUUACCUAUAAAGCUGUUACGGUAUUAGCUGAAGGAAUUUUAGAAUCAGAUAACAUAGCUUUAACAUGUAAAGACAUCAGUGCAGUUAGGAUGUAUGCAGUUAAAGAAUCUUUGAUUUAUGAUAUGUUUGAAACAGGGCAGUACAUUUGGUCAAAAGCUGCUGUACAGAGUAUACAAACACAAUGUGAAAUAGAGUUAGAGCGCAACACUUCAUUAUGGGAGGGUGAUCCAAAAGCUCCUCCAACAAGUUAUACUUCUUUAUUCUGCAUAGCUGAAUGUGGUGCAACUGGGACUUGUACACAAGGUGUCUGUUCGUGCAACUCUGGCUAUGGUGGUAGUGAUUGCUUUGUGGAGACAAACCUGCCCCCUAAUCUCUUUGGGUUGGCUAAUGGUGGUCUGUGUGAUACACGUGAUGAAGAAUGUAGCACUGUUGUACUGUAUGUUAACAACACUGUCAAUGUGCCUGAACUUGCCUGCUAUGUCACAAAACUGAUGAGCAAUGCUUCUGGUACAUACAACUUACUUGGAUCUUUGAGUGCUCUGACGAAAUCAAAUGCCACAUUUUUGACUGUAAAUGAAGUGCAGUGUUCAUUGCCAGAAGCAGGAACAUUCCAGGUUCAGAUAGCUACAAAUGAAAACUCACUGAGUGCACCAGCUUUUGUCAUUGUCUACGAUUCACAAUGCAUGGACUGCUUUACUUCAAAUACAACCUGCACCCAAAAGACCUCAACAUGCCUAAUCAACAACCUUUGCUAUGAAGAUGGUGAAUUUAAUCCAAAUUCUGUAAGAGAGUUCUGUAAUUCAUCUAUUAGUGUCACAACUUGGCAAGUGGCUAAAGACUCCUGUAGAGGUCUUCCUGUUAUGUGGCUAAAAGAGAAAGGUUAUAUCUCUGGUGGUCAGUCCCAGAAUGGCGACACUAGUUUCUGUAAAGAACUUUGUGCAGAUAGCGAUGGUUGUCUGUCCUUUGAUUUCAACUCAACCAGUAAUGAAUGCAGCCUCAACACAGAAGACUCAGCACUGUUGAUUGAUUCUUCCACCUACAACUAUGAAUGGAUUUGUGAAAACUAUCCAUGCCAAAUGAGGAACAUUACAUGGAAAAAUAAACCUGGAUUUGCUUUUGUAAAAACACAAGACAAGCCAAAAGUGACUUCAAGUAUAAAUGAGUGUCGCAGAUAUUGCUUGGAAGAAAAGAAAUUUACCUGUCGAUCCAUUCAACUGCUGCGAGAUGCUAAAUUAUGUUACCUCUCAGCCCUUACAAGUCUUACUGCAGGAAGUGGGCUUGUCAGAUGGCCUGGCUAUGUUUUUGAAGAAUGGAACUGCAAUACUGAAACUGAGAUUGCUUUACCUACUGCAAACCCUGAAGCUGUUAUUGCACAGAAGGACACUUUAAGCCAAGACAUCUAUACUCUUUUCUGCAAGUUUAAUAUAUCAAAUUCAGGCACAAUCUAUCAAGCAAAUGUCAAAUUUUUGAUAGAAGAUGAAGUAGUGGAAAGGAAAACAAUCUUUACCAACAAAGAGAACAACACAUACUGGGUAGGCAUGGAUCCAGGCAGACUAAUCAACCUGAAAUAUGGUGCUCAGCUUUCUUGUGGUGUAAGUCUAUGUGUCAAUGGAAGCUGUGAAGCAACUAUUGGAGGAUUCAGAAAAAGCCAAGUUUUGAGCCUUUCUGUAACAGUUACAAGCCCAGCUGCUCUACUAGUGCAAGAAGGUCAACCUGGAAAAAAUAUAACAAUACAUAGUAAUUUCCCACCUGCUUUCCUCUGUGAUUCAUUCAAUUCAACAUCAGCCUGCACCUUAAAUAUCAAACUCAGGUGCAUGGUCUCAAAUAGCUCUGAGUACAGGGGCCAUGAAAUCUAUGAGUAA